CAAAACUUUCUAAAUGUUUUUGUAUAAUCUUAAAUCUAUAAUUCACAAUUUUCAACUUACUGCACUGACAAUUUUUAAUAUUUUUUUUUAUUGAGAAACGACUUACCUUCACAUUUUUUUUCUUCAAACUAUUUUGUUAAUUUGUAACUCAAUGAAAUUGGACUACUGAGAUAAAUUCUAUUAUAGAAUGGACCAAGAAGACUUUACCGCUGAUCUGUGUGCUGAACAGAUUGGCAAAUUAUUUCAAUUUCAGGAUCUUACUGGUAUUGAAAGUUUGCCUACAUGUCGAGAUGUACUACAGAGACAUCAUUGGGAUAUAGAAUCUGCAGUUCAAGAUCAGUUAAACCUAAGAGAAGGUCGCCCAUCUGUAUUUGCUGGUACAUCAGAAACAUCAUCUGCUCCUACAGUUUUAGUGGAUCCGACUAGGCAACAAAUAUUUAACCCAGAAAAUUCUGGAACUGGAAAUUUUUUAUCAUUUGUAUUAGAUUACAUACUGAGAACAUUUUACAACACAUUUGUAUCAGUGGUACGAUUUACUUGGAGCUUAGUUUGGCCAGAACCUCGACCUCCAAUUACAGACCCUGUAGCUGAUGUUGGAAGAUUUAUUCAAAACUAUGAGUCUACAUAUGGAAAUGAACAUCCAGUUUUUUAUAGAGGAUCAUAUAGGCAAGCAUUAAAUGAUGCUAAACAAGAAUUAAGAUUUCUUGUUAUUUAUUUACAUCAAAAUGAUCAAUCCGAUUGUUCUAAUUUCUGUUCAACUGUAUUGCCAAAUAGCAAUGUUAUUUCUUUCCUAAAUGAAAGCAACAUAUUAUUUUGGGCUUGUGAACAAGAUUUGAAUGAAGGUAAUAGAGUUGCUACUGCUCUCCAGGCCAACGUGUAUCCUUAUGUGGCUGUUGUUGUAUUGAGAGAAAGCCGAAUGACCCUAGUUGGGAGAAUGGAAGGGCCUGUGUCACCUGAAGAAUUUAUAAGGAGAUUGCGAUCAGUAUUUGAAGCUAAUGAAGCAUAUCUCAUAGCUGCUCGUGCUGAAAGGAUUGAACGUAGUUUUAAUCAAUCUCUACGUGAACAGCAGGACCGAGCAUAUUUAGAAUCAUUGCGUGCAGAUGAAGAAAAAGAGCAGAUUAAAAGAGAAAAAGAGAAUAAAGAACAAGAACAACGUUUACAACAAGUGAGGUUAGAAGAAAUUGAACAAGCACAUAAAGAUGAACUGAAAAAACAGAAAGAGGAAAUGUUGGCUAGUAUUCCACCAGAACCAUCUUUAGAAGAACCAGGAUCAUUGACAAUUGUAUUUAUCAUGCCUGGUGGUGUAAGAAUAGAAAGGAGAUUUUCAGAGAUAUCUCCUUUAGCUGAUGUUUUAAAUUUUGUAUUUUGUCAUCCAAGUUCACCAGAUGUUUUUGAAGUGGCCACUAAUUUUCCAAAACGAGUUUUGAAUGUUGAAGACCGAAAUAAAACACUUAAACAAGCAGGCUUACAAAAAAGAGAGGUUCUCUUUAUAAACGAUUUAGAUUCGUGAAUAAAUAAUAUAUUUAUAUAAUUUAUUAAAAAGUACCUAUAAAUGUGAGGAAUCAUAAUUCUAAAUAUAAUGUAAAAAUUACAUUGGUACAUGUAUAAUGGUGUUUUUAAUUUAAAAAUGUUUAAUUGAAAGUUGAGGAUGUAGAGCCAAUUACCAAUUAAUUAUUAUAAUAUAAUAUAUAUUAUUUACAUAUAUAUUUUUUUUUACUUUUACUCGUUACUUCAAAAAACUUUGUUUUAACUUCUAUUUGAUCGUGUGGUCAAUAUAUUUUGCACAUAUAGAAACUGCAUUAUUUUAAUAUCUUCUUUAAUGUGUGAUAAAUUAUAAUAAAUGGUUUUGUUUUUGA